GGCAGCUUCCCUCCGGUAUGAAGCUGUCAACUACCGGCAGUCUGUGAGCGACAGUCGGCCCGGUGUGCAGUGAAGACCGGCCGGUGUUACUUCUAACAGAGCACCGACUCUGUGUGUUGCUGGUUUCUUCACUCCAGCUACCGACUCCCAUGGCUUCAGGAAAUGCCUGAUUCAGAAUCUGUCAAGCAGGAAUAGAACAGGUCCAGGUAUAGAGACAUGAGUUGGGCUGAGGAGGACUGGACGGUGGGGCUAUCUGGACGGGUUCUGCAAAAGGUGAAGGAGCUGCAGGUCCAUCAGGAGCAACUGUCCAGAGAGAACAAGCAGAAACAGCUGCAACUGGACAAAAUCCAAACGAGCCUCGAAAAACAGACUGUGAAGUAUGAGGAGGUCCGUGGGGAGCUCCAGUAUCUGCAGAAAGAGCUCCGGGGUGUUCGAGAUGAGGCCAAAGCAGCAGUGACCAGCAGCGAGCGCCUGACCCAGGAGCUUCAGACUAAGCAGGCCAAAGUAUGCUCUUUGGAGGGCCAAGUAGAUGCUGUACGCACCCUCAACAACAAAUUCACCCAGGAAAUCAAAAGGCUGGAGGCAGAGCUGGAGAAGCUGCAGAACAGCAGCAGAUCGGCAGAUACUACGCUGUUUUCUACACCCUGCUGGAACACAACAUCGCCCUGGGAACACAAUGGGAGCAGAAGGGAGGAGAGGCCAGGUAAUAGAGAUGAACUUCAUAGUCGACGGCUCCAGUUCUCUGAAGUUGGCUCAGCUUCGUUACCACGGCACCAACACAAGAACACACCCAAACGGCAUUCAUCCGACCAAUCGGACAUCUUCUCCACUCCCUUGGCUGCGUUUCCGUGGGAACAGGAUGACUCGAGGCCAGCACCCAGGAGACCGUCCCCGAUCUCUCUCCAGACACCCUGCAAGGAUGUGAUCAGCCAAGGCCAAUCGGAGCAGAGGGUUUGUGGGAAGGAGAAGGACCACAGGACAGAGACAGACACAGCAUCUUUAAAGGAUGCAUGGAGUCGUGUGACUGCUCUGGAGGAGGAGCUGUGUGCGAAGGCCGGGGCGCUGAAGUCUAUCCAGAGCGAAAUGGUGCAAAGCAAGAAGGAGCUCGGGUCCAGGGAGCUCAGCCUUCAGAAAGCCCACAAUGAGCUCAGCCUGGCACAGGCACGCAUGGCCCAGGAGAGUGAACGGGCAUCAGGAGCUGAACAAAGGCUGAAGCAGCUACAGGAAGAGCUGAAGUGUCAGAGGCAAAACACAGAGAGCAGCCGACUGCAACACCAACAACGCUCAAAGGAGCUGGAGAAACAACACCAGAGGGAUUUGACAGAGCUUCAAAAGGAGAGGCAGUGUUUGGAGAAACAGCAUCAGCAGGAUGUGAAUAAGCUCAACCAGGAGCUCCAGCAGGCCAGGACGCUCCACAACACCCUGCAGGCCCAGGCUGACAAGCUGUCUCUACAGAAGCAGGCGUUGGACAAGGAUCUGGACACUCUGAAAGAGAAACUAAAGUGGACCGAGGGACAGCUGCAGGAGAGCCAGAAGAAAGAGGCCCAGACACAAGCCAAACUAACGGAAGCGCUGCGUGAGGCAGAGGGUGUGGCAGUGAGUCUGGAGCAGAGCAGGAAGAAAGAGCGAGCUCUGGAGGAGGAGGGGAGGAGACUGGCAGAGGAGCGAGCCGACGCCCUUCGUCUCCUCAAAGAACUGCAGGAGCAAAAAGCUGUCCCAGCAGCCCCUCUACAACCUGUUCAGUUUUGCCCUGUUGGGCAGAGUUUCUCCCCUCAACCUUCUUACUCUCUUCAGUCUCGACCAUCAACUCCCAUGAAGAGGUCCAGUGUCACCACCCUAGCAGAGCAGAAGAGAGAAGAGGAUGUGGAUAAGAGAAGGGCAGAGAUUGCAGCAUCUUACCCGUCUGACAGAGAGCCAGGAGAAGGCAUCGACUCUGAACACAUCACUGACCUUAUCUCCUCACACUCUGAGUGUUUACAAAGUGGAGGACACAGAAGUAACGAGGUGGAGAAUAAAAGUAGAAAUGAGGCAAUAGAGAGUGACAGCUCUGGGACAAACAAGCACUCCACAUUUGAUCAAGUGCUCUCUACUUCCUCUCCUUCUGCUGCUGGUACGCCCACCAACACCUCUAUGGAUUGUGAUCGUUGCAAGUCUUCUGAAGACCUCAAGAGGGAGAAUGCCACACUGCGUUCAGAGCUACAUGAUGCACGUGAAGAACUGCAGAAACGACUUGAGGACCUUGAAGCCCAACGUCGUGCUGAGACGGAAGCCAGGACCCGGCUCAGGCAACUCAGCCGCAAGCGUACCAGCCAGGCUGUGGAGAAGGACGAGCAGGACAAGGAAUCGAGGGCACAGCUUGAGAGUGAGAGGGCUGAGACAGAGAGGUUAAGGAAGGCCAUGGCUGCUUUGGAGACAGAGAUGGCAAGGGGAAGGGAGGAAAGAGACAAGAGGGAGAGAGAGGAGCAGGAGGAGGAGAAAAACAAAGCACUGGAAGACCGGGAGAGUGAAUUGAUAGAACUCAACAUCCAACUAAAGAAACAGCUUGCGGAGCAGAAAGCCCAGCUGGCUUUAGAAAAGGAAGAGAGAAAAAGAGAGGAAGAGGGGAGGAACCAAAUAACAAACACAUACAAAGAUGACAAGACAGAGCUGAGAACGAAACUUGAAGAACUUAAAGCUGAAUUGGAAGAACUGAAGCGCAGCAGAGAAGAAGACUCACAGGAAGAGGAGAAACUCUCAGUUGCCAACAGUCCGCUGACCUACUUGACCCUCCACGAUGAUGAGUUCAACUCCAACGUCGUUCACUGCGACAACAAGCUGCUCCCUUCUCCAGAGCAGCACCUCCUCUUCUGCCAGUCCACCAACCAACGCAACAUGCUUGUAUCUCAGGCCACAGCAGAUCUAGUUCAGGAACAGGGAACAGUGAUAGAUCCUAAACACUCACCUCAGUCAGAUGAGGAGCAAACGGGUGUAGUUGCCUCUGACAUAGCAGAUGACACACAAAACUAUCUGGCAGGGUCUCCCCUGUCAGACCACAGAAGGUCACUUUCUGACCUCCAGAAGUUUGAGCCUGCCUCCUCAGAUUUGACAAAAGAGGUAGAGCGCCUACAGAAGGAGAAUACAAAGGAGACAGAGAGAGCUAAUCAGUACCAGGUUAAACUGGAGGCCCUGCAGAGCCAGGUGACCCGUCAUACAAAGCAGCUAACCACAGCCUUUGAGAAGCAGAGUCAGCACAUCUGUGGUCUUUUAGUUGAGCUACAAGAGAAGGAGAGGGCCCUCCUCAUGCAGGAAGAGGAACUGCAGCACUACAAGCAAGAGCUGGAUGCACACAAGGCCGAUACAGAAGGAGAGGAGGAGAAAAGAAGAGAGGAGAUGACGGUCAAGGAGGUCGAGGAUGGAGAACAAAAAGAAGAGACACAAGAUGAGAGGUCUGUGGAGAUCUCAGGGCUUCAGUCAAACCAGGAAAAUGAGUGUCCUCUCACCGUCCUCAAUACAAACCCACUAGCUGACAGUGAUUAUAAUGCAAAGAGAGAUACAGGUCAACAAGAGGUUGUGACAUCUAAUGCUGAAAGACCAACACCUAUUAGUGACGAUUCAGACAAUGAAGCCCUAUCGACAGGGGAACAGCAUCCAGGCUCUCAGGACAAGACUCCGAGUGACCACAACUCUGCUUGUUUGAUGGGUGAGACUGAGGGCAGUCAAGAUGGAGGUACAGCUGACAUGGUUGCAGAACUGCUUGCCCUCCGACAGGAGAAUCAGCUGCUGAAACAAGUAAUAGAGGACUCGACUGUCUCAGACACCAGGACCCCAGCGUCACACACUGACAGUGAAAAACAAGAAGACCCAGUCAAGCAAAGCCAAAACACAGGAAAUGCUGCUCUGUCCUCUUUGGUGGAGCAGAGGUCGACUAGUGUGCCGGAUGAUAUCACCACUGACGCACAGCAGUCUCUGCUUCAGGAUGUGAAGAGGAUGAAAGAUGAGGGAGAUUCAGGAGUGGGAGAUUGGAGGACUGCAAAGGCUGAAGAAGAGCUGGAGGCAGCAUCUGAGCUUGAGGUCAACCACCUACAGCAGCAGGUGGAGGAGCUGCAGAUGAGGUUACGGGCUCUUUGUGCAGAGACCAAGCAGCAGGCCGAGGAGCUUGUUAUGUGGAGACUGGCCUCCCAACCAGACCCAACGUUUCACCAGCUCCUUCCCAACACAGACAACCAGUCCGAGACAAAGGACCAGAUUUCUGCUGUCACACAGUCCCAGUCAAACCAGCAGCGGAACGAUGAGAUGACCCAGAGCCAGGCUUCGACUGUGACUGUUCAAGCUGAAGAUCAUUCGCCUUACCUGGAUGUUCAGGAGAGCCCUGGUAUUGUGACAGUCGUCAGAGAAGAUGAGUUGUUCCUCUCCUGCUCCUCCAACAAACUACAGGGCCGCAUGUUGUUCUCCAGACUUCAGCACAGCAACCUCCCUGAACCAAAGAGUCUCCAUCCCUCUAAAAAGACUGCGGAACUUCAGGAAUGUAAUCAGAUUGUCCAGGAAUCCGAAAAAGAAAACCAUGAGAUCACCCUGUUGCAUCAGUUAAAUACCUGUCAAGGAAACCACAAAGAUAAGAGAGACUCGGAAGUUAUCCAAAUGUUAUCUGAGAAAACUGGUGAACCACAUGCCACCAAAGAUUCUACCAAAGUCUCGAGACCAAAGCCGACCAAAUCAGUUGACGGUUACACAGAGAAUCCUGAGGCCAUAUCUAAUGCUUCAAGACAAACCAAUGAAAUACAAACAGCAAAGGAUUCCUCAGAGAAAGAUGUCCGGACAGAAAUGAAAUGUGUCAGCAGUCAAACAGAGGAGAGUUUGUAUCUUCGCAGUGCUCCAACCUCUGAACUCCACUGUGCAUACACACAGACUGAGGAGGAAGAUGAAGACGAGUCGGUGGACUCCCCUCCUAUCUCUCCUGUUCCAUCAUCUAAGGGGUCAGAGUUAGGAAACAAAGUGCUGUUUUCAGGUUCCUUCCCCAUCCCAGCUGAUCCGGCCCGUCUGGCUGAAAGAAUCCGACGCAACAGAACGCAGCUUUCAGCCGCCUUCGACGACACCGAGUAUGAACCCUAUGGACUGCCGGAAGUUGUUAUGAAAGGAUUUGCUGACAUCCCUAGUGGUCCCUCGUGUCCCUACAUUGUAAGAAGAGGUUUGUUAGGGACAACUGCCGUACCUGUCCCUCAGAAGGACCAGAGACAGGAGGAGGAGACGGAUUAAAGUACAGCUACAGAUCUGGUGGAAAGAACCAAUCACUGGCUUGACAAUGAACCUCAUUGAUGGACGACAGAAGCUUUGCAGGGACAAUCCAGUCACCAGCAACCUGAAGCCUUUCAGACCUUCAAACAAACACGAGACCAGUUUUAAAAGUGCUGCUGUCGUGCAUGAACUUCUGUGUGUUUGUGUGCAGGUAGCUGCGCCUGCACCAGUAGAAUAAACACUUCCACUGUGGAUUUAAAAUGUCUUAAUGGUCACUAGUUUAUCCUCUAAUUGCUGCGUGGAAACUUUGCUGUCCAUCACAAUGAUGUCACUUUACACCCGCCUGUAUAUUUAGGCACAGAGGCAGUGAUUUAGUGAUGUUUGUUGGUGUUUAUUUGAAGUUUACUACCACUUUUCCAAAGGGACUGUUUCAUUUUAAGUGACUCAGCAUUAACCUUUGGGUCUAGCUUCAGCCUGCUUUGAAUAAAUCAGUGCCUAGUUAGUGCUUUUUUAAAACAAGUGGUGUCAAGAUAAGUUUGACUUGUUUUCCAAAAGGGUGAAGCCAAGAGAGGCCUGUUGUGAAAAUGUGAUUAAUAUAUAUUUUCUUCUUUUUUUUUUUUUUUUUUUUUAAUCCCUGAGGAGGCUUAUUUAUGGACACUUGAUUGUGUUUUGGUAGAAGGCUGGUGUUUACAAAACUUGCAUGAAAGCACAGAAAGAGUGUGUGUGAGACGUUAGCUGUGAAUAUGGACAUGUGGGUCCUCAUCUUGACGUUACUGUUUGUAUAUAUAUAUAUAUAUAU